AUGUCUGAAGUCAAGAGCAUUAACUGGCGCCAGGUCGAGCUUGGUCGCAUUGUUCUGAUCAACCGUGGCCCCUACGCUGGUAAGCUCGCUACCAUUGUCGAGAUCAUUGACCACAAGCGUGUCCUCGUGGACGGCCCCAAGACUGGCGUCCCCCGCCAGGGUGCCAACCUUGGCCACGUUACUCUGACCCAGCACGUCAUCCCCAAGCUGCCGCGUGCUGCCGGCACCGCCGCCGUUGCCAAGAAGUGGGUUUCCUCCAAGGUCGAGGACAAGUGGAACGAGUCUGCCUGGGCCAAGAAGAUCGCUCAGCGCCAGCGCCGCCGCGAGCUCUCCGACUUUGAGCGCUUCCAGGUUCUCGUGCUCAAGAAACAGCGCCGCUAUGCCGUGCGCAAGGCCGUUGCCAAGGCUAACUAA